AUGUCUUUCGAGGAUUCACGAGCCGCGUCGAGGCUUCGUCAACGAGCCGUUCCGUACCCGACGAUGGCCGUUAGGGAGCGCGCGUUCAAGUCUGGAAGAGCGCUCACCGGUCGGGCCGACGCGUCGAGUUCGGCGCUGCGCGAUGGAGCACCGGCUGCGGCGCCACCUCCGAUUGUGAAACUAGAUUGUAGUCCAGGGACUUGUUUGGGAUUCACGUCGACGUCGAACCCAAGAUUGCCGAUGUUGCGCAGUUCCCAUUCGGGGGACAUCGUCGUUUACCUAACUGAGGCAGACGGGAACGAGAUGGCCCCGAUGGCUUCAUCCACGAAUUGCACGCCGGAGGAGCGGCUGUGCGCCGCGUUCGCCAAGGCGUAUCGAGGCAUCAACCGAAUCCUCGUUCUCACACCGACGACUCCGGUCCAACGUCCGCUCCUUGGUCGACCGGAGGGAUCGAUUCCCCGCACAUCCUGACGUCGUCAGGCGAUUUCUCACUCGGAUCGCGUUGUCGGGAAAUGGCGUCGGAGCCUAUAGCGUCAGCCACUUCCGCCGAUUCCGUACCGCCCUAGAAUUUUGGCACACGACGCAUGGGCGGCGUAUGAACUAUGAUCCGAAGAUGUGGACGAUGCAACUGGCUGCGGCUGCGGCCACAGCUCCAGGCCCCAAACCGAUUGGCGGCGACUUUGGACGACCUCAGGUGCUUGGCCGCGGGGAUCGAUAAGUGCAGUCCGUUCGAUACGGCCGUGUUUGCUGCAGCGUGUGCGGCGUUCUUCGCGAUGGCGAGAUUGGGCGAGUUUACGGCGGGUUCGGCGGACGAAGAGUUCAUAGCCGAGCGGCAUCUAGCGGUGGCCAAUGCACGCCGGAUCGAUGCGACGAGCGAAGCUCCUCUCCGAUACGAGUUGGACCUCCCGUUCGACAAGGUGCGCCGGCGUGUCGGCCGCACGCUGGUAGUCUCGGCGCGAGACGGCGAGCCCUUCUGCCCGGUCGGUGGCAUCGAUAACCAUUUCCGCCUAAACGACCCUCCACCAGGGCGGUUGUUCUCAUAUCGGGCGCGCGAGGGAGGUCAUCGACAGCUGACCUCCUCGGCGUUCUCGCGACGAAUCAGAGACAUUCUCGAGGCGAGCGGAAGGGCGCCCUUGAAUAACCACUCCUUUAGGUCCGGUGGGGCCACGUUUUACCUUCGAGAAGGUGUACACACGGAUCACAUCCGAAACCUUGGCCGUUGGUCAUCGAAUGCCUUUGACAGGUAUUGGCGGCGGCACAAGGAGAUUACGAUCCAAGUGCUGAGCAAGGCUGGCAAGCUUGCAUUCGAUUCGGUUAGAGCCUGAAUGCGUUGUAACGUAGGCAUCUUUCGCUGUGUUUCUUUGGUUGUGAAUGUGGGGGGCGUGACCUGUGGUACGCGUCCGGCGCCAGGGCGCCUGUCCGAACCGAGGGCUCGGGAAUUGGGGUGUACGCAUCAUCCCAGGGUCUCGUCCAGGAAGAUUAAUCAUCUUCCUCAUCCCAACACAACCAAACAAACCGAAAGAUACACAAGGAAGGUCGCAAUUCCCUUCCCGCGCUCGAGAACCCCAUUGGCAUCCGAUCGAGACAUCGGAGGGGAAAAGCGCGCAGUCUGCCGCAGUGGAGCAGAGUGGGAGCGACUUGGCUGCGAUAGGCUGCGACCGGCUGGCGGCGAUGCCCGCUGGGUCGAGACCGUUAGGGCGAUUGCGCCGCUUCGUAAUGGCGCAACCGACACCGAUUAG